CUUAGGAGCUUGGUAGAAGUGGCCUAACACGAGACCUAGACACACGUCGCCAGCGUCCUUAACAUUUUCGAUAAAGUCCAGAUAACGAAGUGAACUUUAUAAUGUCUGUAAUAAAUGAUAAGAAAAUGGCAUCUUCUAACGCGGAGUUACAAGAAAGGAGCAAACUGUACUAUAAGUUUACGAAGGUACUGACCCUGAAGGUUGCACAAAUAGUGGUUCAGAGCAGGCAAGGGAAAAAAAUAACCCACGAAUGUAAUGCCAAGUUUCCGGACAACGGAGUGGAGUCUUCGCCGCAAUGGUUCAAUCUAUCAAUCCCCGACGAGCCAGGCGUGACGGAAGACACGAAGCGAGUCCUCAACGGCGAAGUGGUGGACGCACUUACCAAAGUCCUUUGCAUCGAGAUCUCUUUACACACCGUCGAUGGAGACGAUAUGGUGCUGGAACUAUGGACGGUCAAGCUGUCUCCUGGCAGCGAGGUCUGCUCACCUUCCACCGUGUAUUACCGCAUGAGUGUCAUGCUGAAGUCUACCCUGACUAUAUCGAGGAUAACCCCGGCGUAUAAGCUCUCGAGGUCACAGCAUAAUGAGUCCUAUAAGAUUUCCCAUAAGAUCUAUGGCGGGGAACCUGAUUAUGAUAUUUUAGGCGAAAAACGCAAGACGGUGAAAGUGAGCGAGCUACACACGCCGAUAGGAACGUUAAUGAUAGAGGUGGUGUACCGGACGAAGAUGACGUUCAUGCCGGAGACUAGACAGAAGAUUGAGUACGAAGCCUCACCAGCCACUACCGGGAUCAUGGUGAAGAGUGACCAUUUUUACACUGAGAGUCCCAAAAAAAACCGCAACGAGAAGAAAGAGUUAGACCUCUCGAAGCCGUUGACUGCUGGCGCGUUUGUCGACCAGAAGAAGAUCCAGGAGUUACACAAGACCCUCAGUGAGCAACUGCCUCCGGAGCCGCCCAUGGCCUGGCUGCUUGCUGAGAAGGAGAAGAUGGAAAAUAAAAUGAAAGCGCUAACGAUAUCAGACCACGAGAACGCGAACAAACCCAGCUGCAGUACUAGUGUGCCGACUUCCUCCGCUCAUGCCGUCAGCCGCGCCAUCGAAGUGCCCAAGCCUAAGAACGGAGACAGAUACUCUGGGCUUAUGGAGUUUCCCUUCGCCGAUGGCAGCCCAAUAGCAGAGCUAGCGAAUUUCUACCAAGAAUGCUUGCAAGCCCGAUCCAUAAGCGACGAAUGGACGGACAUUGUGAUCGAAGCUUCUGGAACCGACUCCGAAUCUUUGUCCAAACAACUGAAGAUGUUCGAAGACGCUGUCCCCGAGUUCGAUAACAUGGUAGCAUCCAUGUUCAGUAACUCGGAAGGAUCAGACCGCUCUUAAAUGGCCCGUAAGACUGUUGAAUGAUAUUAGAGUAAGGAGCAGUGCGAAUGGUAUAUAUGUAUAUGAAUAUACAGAUUUUUUAAUGUGUUGCGUAUUGCUAAAUAUACAGCUAAGUCUUUUACGGGGUGUCUCAAAAAUCAGAACUGGUAUAAUUUGUUACCAGGUGUUUUGGACACUCUGUAUGUUUAAGAAAUGUAUAGGAGAGAAAUAUAGUUUUUCAUUGCCAUUUUAUACGGUUUUCCAUCACAAUAAUUAAAUAUUUUAAAUCAAGCGACUUUAUUUAAUUCGCACUGCAUUGAUUGAUAUCGCGUGGUGUUUGAGGGUUUGUAGAUAGAUUUAUAUUAUCAUGUUAUUACCAUUUUAUUGUAAGCGCCAUCUUCUUGUCUGACCUGAAACUGAAGUGUAGAGUAGUAUUGUUUGUCUAUGGUCCGGCGAUAUUCAACCUUCGCUGAUUUAGUCUAUGAUAAAAUAUCAACCAGUGAUAUCAAUUUUAUAGGCCUUAAAUGACUUUGAAAAUGGUUUUUUAACAGUUAUUUUGAAUUAAAAAUAAAAAAAAUUCCCGCAGUAUAACGGGAUUUUGUUGAUAAAUCAAACCACUCAUAAACCAGUUGUAUUGUAAUAGGUUUAAUUGUCCCUCCUCAGUCGACAAAAAACACUUAUCACGAAUGUUCUACAGUAAUUGCUAAAGUUCAACACAACACUUUGACCGCUCGUAUUCGGAUCCGAGAUGGAUCGGAGAUGGAUGCCGACCGUGCUAGCCGGGGGUGCGCUCAACUGCCCGAAACUGUUCCGAUGGAAGCAGUCCGUGCUAGUGGUCUCUUAUAGUCGUCGCGGGGGAAAGUUAAAAACCACAUAAAGACAAGCUAAUAAAUACGAAAUAUAUAUUAAAAAAAACGUUUAUCACAUGGUUUCUUUGUAGUAAAGGUUAUAGCACACAUGAACAGCACGGCACGGGUCAGCUCCAACCCAGUGCUUGUCAUUUCAAUUUGGCUCUUUAAUCAUAUCUCAUACUAACUUCUAUUCUUCUGCCAGCGGUUUCACCCGUAUCCUGUGGGAAUCUCUUCACAAAAUGGGCUAUGCAACACUGAAAUAAUUUUUCAAAUCAGACCAGUAAUCCAUGACGUUUGAUUGACUAGGUAGAGCUACUUUUAAUAAUGUAAAACUGUAUGUAUGCAUAAAAUUUUACUCGUGGGAUGAGUUGGUAAAAGUUGACCGAUUGGAAAUUAGCCACUUUACGAAUUUCGUCCUUUCAGGAAUUAGGCAUUUUACUACUUAGUCCUUUUGAGAAUUAGCCAUUUCGCGAAUUAGUCCUGUUGAGAAUUAGUUCAUUCGCGAAUUGAUGUUUUUGCGACUGUGUGCCAUUUUGCUAAUUAGGUAUUAUACGACUAAAUGGUCCCUGAAAUUAACGUGUUCAAACAAACUUCAGCUCAUUACCUAACAACAGCUAUGCCGUGCCUUGCCGUUCAAGUGUGCCAUUACCUUUAAUUUAUUGUACAGUUUCAACGGCCAACACUAUAUAGUGCAAAUUAGUGUAACUCACUUCACAAUGCUCAUACUUCGACUGAUGCUUCUAGGCUAGUUUUGUAUCAUAGAUAUAUAUUUAUACAUACAAAAAACGCAAAUUCUAACGAAUAUAUUGCUUAGUGCAAGCUUCUAAAUAUAAUCUUUUAAUAUACAGUACGUUUGUAUCUUUUCGCGUCUGAAGUUAGCGUUUGAUCGGCGAAGUGACUUUUCGGAAUAAAUUGUCUACUGCGUCAGCUUUAAUCUGAAUUCACUGGUAACAGAAACGUCCGUUUUUUUUUAAACUAGGCAAACUAUAAAAUUUAUGUAUGUAGGACCCCUGUCCACCUGACGUGGUUGGUUAACGCUGGCUCGCUCACGGCGCAUGCCCGAGACAGCGUGUAUCUACUUAGGUAUAGAUACAAACACUACAGUCACAAUAUGAUCCAUUAUUGAAGCACAGAAAAGGAUAAAAACGCUUAUUUAAACCAAAAAAUAACAGAACGCCACAUACGCUUCAAUCGUAAUUGAGUCGUUAUUGAAUCUAAGUCGAAUAGCAAUCGUAUGUCGCUUAAAUAAAAUUAGCAUAAUUGAGCUCCUGUUCGCUUUGAAACUUCUUUGUGAAAAUUCAUAAUAAGCAGUUGUUUUAUGAAAACUGACUGUUUCUGUUGUCGGUACAACUCGGACUUAGACGCAUCAAGAUAUAAUAACGUAGUGUAAUAAACUGCGGAUUGCUAUAACCGAUCCAUCCAUCGUCUCGCAAUUGAGAGAUUGAAUUUUGACAUUGGUUUCAUACAAAUUAUAUCAAACUAACUUCGGCUCGCGGAUUCGCCCGCAUAGAAUUCGGUUAUAUCGCGUUUCCAAGAGAAUUCCUCAAAAGUCCGGGAUAAAAACUAUCCUAUGUUCUUUCUCAAGGUCAACUCUAUAUCUGUACCAAACUUUAUUAAAAUCAAUUCAAUGGUUUACACGUGAAAGCGUAACAGACAGACAGACAGAGUUACUUUCGCAUUUAUAAUAUUAGUAGGGAUUUCAAUCUCUAAUUGAAAAACUGAAAUAUAGAUGGUUAUUGCAAUCCACAGUUUAAAGACAAAAGUAUCAAACGCGUACGAUAUAAUGUAACGUAUGUUCAAACCGCUUUAAAGUUUUAAAUAAUCGUUGAUUAGAUAAAUCUUUUUACUGGUGUUUGAAUCGAUUUAGUAAAAAUCGUAUGACAUUUUAUCGAUGUUCGUGGAUAUAAUAUAGAAUGUUAGGACUUGGAUAACGUAAGACUCAUUACAAGACUUGGUUGGAAAAGCGACUGACAUGAAUUUACUUUAUGAUAGUCGUGAGGGUUGUGCUGAGCGCGAUUUUAUCGAUAAACUUUAUCGAUAUGUUAAACACAACACUACUGAAUUAUAAACUUGAGUUCAUGUUUUAUCUACACGAAUUAGAGAAGAGACAGAUAUUAUCGAUAUAUCGAAUUGAGAACCUUCUUUUUGGGGAAGUCGGUAACAAAUAGAUGUUGUACCUACAUACGACAAUUUAAUUCAGAAGUAUUGUGAUUUACUUCUCGAUAAAGUUUUUUGUAAUAUUUCGCAUUCGGAUCUAAGAAGGCUUCACUCGAUAUUUGCACUAAUUACGUUUACACAUACAAUCACUCGUUCAAAGCGUUUGUGUAAAGUUUAUGCGCGUUCAUGUUACAUCAAAAAAAUAUUAUUCGAUUUAUAUACAUAUGUGAAAAAUUCUAAUAUUGUUUAUCGCUUUCGAAAGUAAAUAUGUAAAAAUAUAAUUAUUUCGCUCUUAAGGCUCAUCGGUAUGUACGAUAUAUAUCAUUAAUCAGUGUAAAUAUGAAAAAUAAGGUUAUAAUUUAUUUUGUAGAGGUCACUGUAGACUAAUUAUCAAUAUUAUCGAUUGUUGCUUAUUGAAACUUUUGUAGGGUUUUGUGUCGAGUAGUUUGUAAGAAAGAGUAACUUAAACAUGUAGAUUUACGUACUCUGUAUGCGGUUAUAGUGUAUUCGAUUUAUUCUUAUAAACUUCUGCCAAUACACAAAGUGGAAAAAGGUGGUUCGAAAACUGAUUCCUCAAACAAUUAGAAGUUUUUACAACUGAUAUAAAGUCAAAAGUGCUGUCGAUACAAACCCGAGAAGUGUCGGUCCGAUGUAGAACAAUUAUUCACAUAGAUGUUAAAAUUGAUAAAUCUUAACUUUUUUGGACCGCACAUUUUCAGAUUUGGAUCGAACGCAGUGUGAAACCAUUUAAAGUAUAUCUCUGCCUUAAAUAUCAAUUAAUAUAUGCUAGCAAUACUUCAGUAACUUUCUGCCUGUUUAUUCCACUUUAAUAAUUCUACUUUAUCAGACUUCCAUAAUGACAGAAUAGUUCUAGGUUUCUCUAAGCGCCCAUUCAAUAUAGCACGAUAAUAUUUAGUUAUAAAUAAAAUAAUCAUAGAACUUUAAAUAUACAUAACUCUAUGGCAUCAACAGAGGCCUUUUGCAACUGUAAAAAUUAUAGUGCGGUGUAGUUUCCAUUAAAUAAAAUAGUUCACAAUUUAAGUACAGUGCCUUCGAACCAACGACUGAGAUUGAACGUCUCAAAAAACGUGAUAAGUGCCAACUCUCGUUUUUGAUACAUUUUUAAACUGUAAGGGAUUGUUUCACUCCUUCGAAUAUAUAAAAUUCUGCAGGAAAUUAUAAUAUUUGCCAUAAAAACAAGGGGUGAAACAGACUGUACAAAUAGUCUCGCUUACCAUACAUAUGGCUAUGUAUACUCUAUUUGAGUCGGCGUUUAACUAAAGCUAACAAUCUUGAUAGUUUUUACACAAAUAUAAUUUAAACAUAUAAUAAUACAAUAAAAUAAGCAUUAAAUUAACUGUUUUUAUUUUAAAAACAAUCAUAAAUACAAUGAUUUUCAGCCGUUUUUUAUUUUUUAAAGUUAUAUCAAGAUUGUACCUUUAGAUAAGUGCCUACUCCAGAGUAUAUUUAAUGUAUAGUGUUACAUUGCAUUUUAUUACAUUGGCAAAACAAAUGUAUAUAGUUUCGAUUUUAGUUGUAACCAAUCGUUUCGCUAGUCAAUCGUUUUGGUUAAAUUAAUGUAGUUUUUUUCAUCACAUAUUUUUUGUAUGUAAUUCAUAAGUUUUAUUAAGGCUACGCUUUCUUGUGAUGUUCAUAGAUAAAUAUAGAGUAUCUGGUGAGUGACCAAUACUCAGACCACAUAAAUCAAAAUAACUGGAAUCGACUGAUACUUUUGUGCUCGUGAAUAGCCUAAUCCCAGACGAUUCCAAUUACUUAUUAAAAUUGUAUGUUGGUACAGGUAAAUUCGUGAUACAACCCAUGAUUACAAACAACUUUCCCAAAUAAAAAUGUUUUAUUGUCAUCCUUAAUUUUAUCACAAUAAAUAAUGUAACAACUGUAUCAAACGUUGAACUUCGUGCUUCUUUGUUUUGAUAUUGUGAUUAAACUAAUGAGAAUAAGAAUAAGUUUCUUUGAGAUCGUCGUUUGUAAUUAUGAGUAGAAUCACGUGUUCAAGUAUUGGUCACGAAAUACAAAUCACCCUAUAUUAGUGCAUACCACAGUCUUUUGUAUAGGAUUUAAACCACACAGCAAAAAAAGUAAGUCCUGUCAAUAUAGCUGGCGGGAAAACAAUAAUUUUGCUUAAAAGCGUAGCCUUCAAUAUAAACUAAAACUGCGACGUUGAAGUCCAAAUUCUACCAAAGCGGAGUGUAGAAGCUUUUAACCUCUUGUAUGUCGCUAAUUAUAAAACAAUAGAAAAUCAACUGUAUCUCGUGUAUAUCUGCGCUCUGACAUACAACUGGUACAACCAAUACAUAUUUGAAUAACGAAAUUCUAUUGACAUACCGUCAGUUGCACAAAGCUCCAUUAAAGUUAAAUCUUCUUUAAAUCUAUUGCUGACUCUUUCUUUCUCAACAAGAUAAAAAGUGUCAGCAAUAGAUUUAAUGAAGCUUUGUGCAACUGACUGUUAGACUAUUGGUUGCCCAAAAACUGGCUUUGGUCCGCUUUGGUGGAGUCUGGUGUGAAUUAAUACAAUUUCAGCAGUAAAAAAAUCAACCUAAGUUAUUUCCUUUAUAAUUUUAGACUUUUUAGAAAAAAUCAAAUCCUGAAAUUGCAUUUUCAGUUUACGUUUUCAGUAACAAACAGAAAUUACAAAUCAUACAACAUAGUGUUGUUAUUUAUUAACUUUUUAAAUUAAGUUAUUGCUCACUAUAGUUUAAUAUUCCUUUUAACUUUUUCAUUGAAGUAAUGGGUUAGCCGCAGUAGGCUAAAGUUUUCAUAUAUUCUAGUAAUAGUUUUAAUGCGUUUUCAGUUUAUAAUAGUGUAGUUUUGUGGGAGUUAGUCAACACUGAGUCUAAGUAAUCGCCAUAUAAAUAGGUAUAUUCAUUAAGACACACUUAUCAUUAAUACUAAAUUCAUAUCUAAGACCAGAAGAAAUGUAUCGUCUUACUACAAAAACUUAAACGUCUGUUUUACACUUGUCUAAAAAAAUUAUGGCUGCAAAAUGAACCAUAUUUUAUGUCAACGUCAUAAUUUGUCAUUUUUUUAGACAAAUCUUAAACUGACGUUUAAAAGUUUUUGUGGUAAGACGGGUAGUGUUUAAAACUUUAAAACUAUUUGCAAGAAAUAAACCUCUAAGAUAAAACAUUACAUUUACUUCUGGCCUGGUAUGUUAAUACAUAUGUAUAUCAAAUAAUAAAUAGUCCGUCACGUACUUAUUUAAGCAAAACAUACUAUAAGUAUAAUAGUAUAGACUUCAGAUAUAUAAAAUCCUUACCUAACCAUUGUAUGUAUGUUAUCUACUAAUACCCAUUUUCACCGACCACAUAAACGCCAGUUUUUUUUUAUGAUCCCUCCCGCUGUGUGUUAGCAGCGCUGAGGGAGUGUCAGACUCUUACUGACUAAAAACCGUCGUGUCCCGUCAUAGGCCUUUUAUGUACCAGGGCCGCGGUAUCUCUUUCGAACAACCCGCAGCCCCGGCCUUGUAGGGGACCUAACUAAAGGUAUUUAAAUGAAGUGGACUGUAAAUACUUGUUUGCGUGUACACAGUUCUUUUAAGAAAACUGACGCUUACGUUAUGGUGAACUUGGGUUCAAUUUGUGAUAACUUUGCGAUUGCAUUUAAUACUACAGACCAUAUUUAUAACAAACUAAAAUAUAGAAUCCUAUCUUUUUGUGACACCAACUUUCUAGGUAAAUUGAUAAAACCAUGUGAAUGGAAUUUGGGAUGGCUAAUUUGCUGUUUUUACUUUAUAUCAAAUUUAUUAAAAGGCCUCUUACCAUAACUAGCAUAGACUGGUAUAAACCAUAGAUGUAAAAUAAAUGGAAGAUGCAUCACAUCUUUUAGACUUUAAUAUCCAGAGUGAAUGAGAUGUCUCUAAGAAGUCCUAAAUAGAGAAUUACUUGUCUUAAAUGUACCAUUGUCCAUACUUAAAACAUAACAUGUUACAGUUAAUCACUAUUAUGGACGCGCCAAUAUUAAAUUGUUAUUAUAUUAUACCUAACUUUGCUUUUAUAAAUUCCCCAAUUUAUAUGCCACUCUUUUUCGAUCAAUUACCGAUUCUAGUACAUCUUCCUUUUAGUUUAUAUCUAUGGAAUCACUCAUUAUGGCCGACAAUACAUUGACAAACAUCGAAAUAGCAAUAGUUUUAUAAUUACAUGACUUUAAGUUUUAAUUUAUCCUGGUAUAAGAUAGUGGGUUCUUAUGUAGAUUUUCCUAAACUUAUAAAGUAGAUGUAACGUAAUGGCAUUAUAAAUAAUGGAUAUAUUUUUCAUACGGAUGCAUCACUAUUUAUAUAAAGUCUGUUUCACAAUGCUCGGAUUAACAAUAUAUCCCAAAUUAAUGAUAAAAUUCGCUUUCAUAAUCAAAACAACCGAACAUUGUGAAAAAGAUAUAACAUUGUAUUCUUUGUGUGAAAUAACAAUUAUUUAAAGACAUUGUAUAAAAUCAUUUUACAGGAACAUUAUCAUCCCAUUUCCAAUAAUACCUAAGGGAAUUAAUUUAGAUGCAUAAUACAUAAACAUAAUUUUGGGUGUAUAUUUUUUCAUAUUACUUACGUAUUGUAAAUCGGUAUUCAAGGAUAGGUCUUGUCAUAAGGCCCUUGACCCUAAAUAAAAUUACAUACCUUAAAAAAAUUAUAUCACUGUCAACUUAAUACGAUUAAGGUUUAUUUUGAAUUCUAGUUGUCGACUGCAAUUGUCGACCGCACAUGACGCGACUGCAUGAAGUUGGCCGCAGUUGCACUACUGGUUUGUAUGUACAUAAAACUGUUUUGGGUCGAAGCGGCAACAGCAUAAUUAUGAAGUCGAUGUCAGAUCUCUGAUGUUGACUGAUGCUGACUUCAUGCAGUCACGGCAUAUGCAGUCGGCAGUUGCAGUCGACUCUAACAGCCUUACUACAAAAACUUAAACAUCUGUUGAACACCUAAACACACAAACAGACCUUUUUUCAACGUCAUAAUCUUAUUUUUUUUUUGUCAAGUGUUCAACAGACGUUUAAAAGUUUUUGUGGUACGACGGUAAGAAUUCAAAAUAGUAUACGUAUUUUUGUUGAAGGUUCGAUAUCUUCCACCAGAAAAGCUGAAAUUUUUUUCUACAUUAACCAUGUGUCGCUACCAGCUACGCGAGUCAGGUAGAAAUUGCUGUUAUAGUAAGUUCAACUCAGUCGUGCGCGCGGCCCUAUGUGUGGGUAACCCUUGUACAUAUACAGUGACUUUGUGUGCGUGACAAGAGGUACAGUCGGGUACAAAUACAGUUAUUUAGGGGUUGUAUACGGCUGUUUAAAGUACAGUUAUUACGUAAUUUAGUUUAUUUAUUUAUAAUGAUUCUGUAUCGCUACUUGAAAAAUCAAAUGAUGAUUUUUCGGAUUCGCUACUUUCACCAAUGUUAAUUAUAAAUUCUGACUCCAUGUCAAAAUGUCUAUAGUAUUCUUCUUUUUUCUUUUGUACAUGUCGACAAGUAUUACCCAACAUCCCUUCAUCAAUUUGACUUAAACGUUCAUUUAUGAGUUUCAUUAUUUCCGUCUUAUUUUGGUCGACAUUAUGCGAAGCAAUAUAAUUUUUUUAAAUUCCCCACACAUUUUGUUUCCAUUAUUAUACUAAAUUAUAGGUCUUUUUACAUUCUUAGUCCACACAUUUAUUUAUUGUCCGCGUACCCCGAGCUAGAAAAUAUGUAAGGAGUAUUUAAUUCAUCUUAGAUAUUUCACUUCAUUUAUUUCUUAGAUACUGUCAAUGUCAAUUUGAAAAGCCGUAUGAGAAAAUAAUGAUAAACUGUAAAAUGUAAUAAUAAAAAGCUUUGAAUGUUGUUUCA